CUCUCCUCUCGAUCAAGACUCAUUCACAGCCCCAAUCAUACCACCAUGCCGCUCACAUACUCGACAAUUCCCCUCCAAGUACAAGGCGUCAGCCUCAACAUCUCCACCAUCCACAACCUCAACUCCAAACCACCAAUCGUCUUCCUCCACGGCUUCGGCUCCUGCAAAGAAGACCUCGCCGACAUCACCGUGCAUCCCGCCUUCCAAGAAUACGGCUAUCUGGCCUUCGAUGCACCCGGCUGUGGACACACCGAAAGCAACAACCUCUCCGCCAGCGACAUCCCCUUCCUCGUCGCCACCGCCGAGGCAGUCCUCGCACACUUCCACAUCACCCAAUUCCACCUAAUCGGCCACUCAAUGGGCGGGCUCACGGCACUCCUCCUCGCCCACCAGCACCCCACCCGCAUCCUCAGCUUCGUCGACAUCAAAGGCAACCUCGCCCCAGAAGACUGCUUCCUCAGCCGGCAAAUCUUCCAAUUUCCCUCCGACGACCCGGAAGCCUUCCUGGACGCAUUUAUCACGCGCACCGCGACGGCCAAAGCCUACGGGAGUCCAUUGUACGCGAGCACGUUGCGGGCACGGGUGCGAUCCGGUGCCGUGCGCGCGAUUUUCGAGUCCAUGGUGCGGUUGUCGGAUGAGGAGGAUCUCCUGGGGAUGUUUCUGGCGUUGCCGUGUCCGAAGAUGUUCAUGUUUGGGGAGGAGAAUCGGGGGUUGUCGUAUUUGCCGAGGUUGGAGAGGGAGGGAGUCGAGUUGGCGGAGAUUGUCGAGAGUGGUCAUUUUCCCAUGUAUUCGAAUCCGGUGGAGAUGUAUCGUCGGAUUGCGCGGUUUUUGGAGGGACUUUCGUAGGGGGUUGGAUGGAGUGGCGAAGUGUGAU